AUGGUCGCUCCUACACUACUAGAUUGUUGGCAUGUGCGCGAUCUACAAAGAUUUCGCGCCGUACUCAAAGGCAGCCCGGCCGACAAGUCCAACGCCACCCAGCUGAACGGAAAUGGUUCCUAUGGUGCUGGCCCAGCCGCCUUCUCCAAGUCUCCUCACAGUCACAGCUACAAGGAACAGACAGGACCAUGUCCCCCCUCGGAAGUCAAUCGUCGCGAUCAUCUCGGCCGUACUGUACUCCACCACAUCGCCUCGAGCAGCGAGCCAUGGAGCGUCAGCUAUCUGAAUGCAUUGCUAUCUCAUCCGAGUGUCAACGUCAAUCUUCAAGAUGGCGAGAGUGGAUAUACCGCACUUCAUCGUGCUCUUUACCUCGCCAACUUGCAAACCGCCAUCAUUCUGCUCCGUAGACCCGAUCUCGAUUUGCGGGUAAAGGACUUUGAGGCACUCACCGCCUUCGACCUGUACAACUCCACCGUAGCCGGCACAAAUCCACCAGCAGAUGCUCUAUCGUUUGAGCCAACCCGCCAACAUCACUCACGCACCCUCACACAGCUCUUCACAUGGGGAUCGAAUCGCAACUACAACCUCGGACUCGGUGAUGGAGAUGACCGUCAAUUCCCGGACAAGAUCACACUUCGUCGCGGAGAAGCGAAUGGCAACAUGGGAUCGCAGUCUACACAAGAUACUUUCAGGGCGUCACUUCCAGCAGGAAAAAAGUUUGAUCGUAUUGGCAUCAAGGAUGUGGCCAUGGGCCGUCUACAUACCGUCGUACUGACAGACGAAAAGCUCUCCAACGUGUGGGUCUGUGGUCUCGGUGGAAGUGGACGUUUGGGCAGAUCGCCACAGACGCAAACCUCGUUUGAACCCCUCAAGGACUUCAACGAGACUGCUCGUGUCGUUGCCGUGGCUCAGGAUCAUACACUCAUCAUCACGGAUGCGGGCGCUGUCUAUUCCUUUGGUCUCAACCGCUUCUCACAGCUUGGGUAUACAAUAGAGCAAGGUCUUGGCACUGUCGGUUCUACCACAGGCAAGCUCGGUGGCGGUGCAGGUGUUACCUUUGGCCAGACCGCACCGCAGAAUGUCGAGCUCGAUAUCCAAAUCUCGCCCAGACGAAUUCUCGGUGCGCUCAAGAAAGAGGUCGUUCUCGGUGCCGCAUGCAGCAAGCUUCAUUCAGCCGUCUUCACGUCUGAAGGUCUCUACACGUGGGGCACAAAUACCGGUCAGCUUGGUUACCUCAGGAGCGGAACAGCUGUUCAGGUACAGCCUCGUAAAGUCACAGCGCUUGCCGCAGGUGCGGGCAUUCAGCAAAUUGCCGCUUCCGACUUUGGUACAGCCUGUCUGAUGGAGGGUGGCGACGUAUACGUGUGGCACAAUGACACCCACUUCCGUAUCAACUUCCCCUUGGCGCGCUUCUCAAGCAGCAUCUCUGUCUUCAGACCAAGGCAGGUGCAGCCAAAAACCCUCAUCUCCAAGCUCUCGAGCAGCGGAAACACCUUCUCUGCUCUGAGCGACAUGGGUGAUCUCUUCACCUUCAACCUUGAGCACCCUUCCGAGUACGGCAACACUGGUACACCAGCUCGAGCUCCUACCAGCGCAUCUGCGGCCAAGUCGUCAGCAGCGCAACUUGCACCAAAGCCUCAGCUACUCUGGUCCGUUCGCAAGAAGUUCACAGCUGUUCGUGACGUUGCCAUUGGAGCCGAUGGUUCCGUCAUCCUAUGUACAGAAAGCGGUCAUUGCUUCGUCCGUCCGCGUCGAAGUGACACAGGAGGCAAAGGCGGUGGAGGAAAGAACUUCAAGUUCCAGCAGAUUCCGUACUUGCAAAGAGUUGUCAAAGUCGCAACCAGCGAAAGCGGUGCGUUGGCCGCCAUCAAAGCCAAUCCAAGCUUGCCAGACGUGCGCGUCAAAGGCAGAACAAUCGAAGAAGCGCUUCGGGAUCUGCUUCCGCAUCUCAAGGUGCAGACCCUGACCAGCAACGCAGAGAAGGAGAAGGGAAUCACAUCCAAGGUCGUCGAGAUAUCUGAGAUUCGCAGCGAAGCAGGCGCCGACAGCGACUCGGAUGACGAGCACGUCGAUGACGAUCCAAAUGAAAGCAGGCCAGAUGCGGGCAAGUACGUUAGAAUGGCCCUGCUCAUCAUGGAGGCUGCCAAGCGUUGGACUGCAGGUCGGAUCAUCUCUGGACCUGAUUUCGGCGGCGUUGAGGCUGUCUCCACAGCCGAAGCUCCUAUUGACCAAGGAAAGAAUGCCGCAACGAUUGGGAGGCGGCAGGCUUUCUACGGGCCGUACAAUCUCGUGCCGCCCUUCGGAUGUGAUGCGUUCCUCAUCGCCGAUGGACACUACUUGCCUGUCCACAAGAUCGUUCUCGGUGCUCGCAUACCUUCGCUGCAAAAGGCUUUGCAGGACUCCAGCGCCAAGGACCAGCUGCCUGCAGGUGUCAAGGUUGCCACGGCCAGCAGUACCAAGCGUGUUUCCGUUGUGACACUGUCCAAUUGUACGCUUGUAUCAGCGCUCUUCCUCCUGCAUUACGUCUACUCGGACGAUCUGCCACCCAUCUGGGUUCCUAGUGUCGGUCUUGUCAUUGACAAGGAGCUCAAGUCAGCUAAGAUCGACCGAACACGCGUUCAAGAAGAGGUGCGCACCAUCGCCGAGCGAUUGGGACUUUCCGCGCUUGCAGCCAGCAUCAAAGCCAGCUUGCCGCGACAACCAGAAUCUACGCUUCGUCAGAACAUGCUAGAUCUCUUCACCUCGUACGUCGACGUUGAUGUCACCGAGUCUCAAGAGACCAAAAGCUUCAACGAUGUCCUGCUUCGAUUCAAAGAUCGCACAGUCCCAGCCCACUCGGUGAUUCUCCAAAGAUCGCCGUUCUUUACAGCGCUGUUCCAGCCUCAUUGGACAGUAAGUCGUUGGGACAGUCGCAACGUCAUCACUCUCGACAUGAGUCAUUUGAGGUGGGAGGUAGCUCGUAUCGUGCUGAUGCACCUCUACACUGAUAACGGCGAGACGCUCUUCACUGGAUGUGACGCCGAGCGCUCCCUGGAGCAGUACAUGGAUUUCCUCGUUGAGGUCAUGGCAGCUGCCAACGAGUUGUUGCUCGACAAGCUCAAGCUGAUCGUCAGCUCGUUGCUUCGCAAGCGCAUCCUUGCUCACACUGUCGGCGCAGUCAUGACCGAGGCCGACUUCUAUAAGGCUGAUCAGCUCAAAGACAUCACGAUGGACUACUGCACGAAGAGUAUGGAGACACUGUUGGAAGGAGGUCGACUCAACGAGCUCGACUAUGGCAUGCUUCGGGCGCUUACUGUCUACGUUCGUCAUAAGCAGGACGAAAAGCUACACCGCAGUUUCGCAGAAGAUCGCGUUGCAGCUUUGGUCGAGAAACAUCGAGAGUUCUACGAAGAUCUGGACAUUCCACCACCGAGCUUGCAUCUCAUCGCUGACAAGGUUCGCGCCAAGAAGGGAAGGGGCGUCGCUGGCAUCAAGUCGCCGUCUCUGCUUGCCCAAGACUCGGACCGUCGUCGAUCUGCGAGUCGUUUCGGUAUCUCGUCACCUGCCAGCCCUGAUGCGCUUCGACCUGUCGGAGCAAGCAUUUUGCAGCGGUCGACAGCCGAAGAAGCCUUUGAAGUCUUUGCCAUGGACGAAGAGGAGCCCGCGACGCCACGCAAAGAAUCGAUCGCUCGCGCUCAAGGUUCACCGUGGGCCACACUCCCGCAGGUUUCACAUCUCAGUCUUGAUGAAACGGCGGACAAAGGCACACCAUCACGUCCUUGGAAGUCCAGGACUGUCGAGGCUGAGAGGAAGAAAGCGGUUGCCGAACCCACUGGUUCGCCUGCGGCUCGUCCCGCAGACGCGCCCAGCGACUUGCGCAGCAUCAUGGCUAGAGAGCAGCAACGUCAGCAGCAGCAACAGUCCGCAUUCGCCCACAUCUCGAAUGCGUCCACGCCCAGUGGAUCAGGCACAUCGACGCCGGUACAGAAGUCAGCCACACCAGGCUUCGAGCUUUCUCCGAUCAGUAUUGCAAACACAAGGCUAUCGCAGAAGGAACGCAAGCGCCAGCAACAGGAAGCCGGCCUCGCCGCCGCCGCUGCUGCCCCUGCAGCUCCACCUGCUCCAGCCCAGACGCGCAGUGGAAGCGUUUCAUCGCCUUGGAAGGUGGCAGGCGCUAUCGGGACAUCUCCAUCCGACAAAGCCGCCGCCACCUCACCAUGGAGCUUGAAAGCAGCUGCCACGACAGCCAUGGCUCUCUUUUCGUCUCAGGAAGGCACUCCGCCGGUAUCAUCACCACUAAAUGGUCGACGUCCCUCGGCUGCUGCACUGCAACCUGGCUCAGGCAAUCAAGAUCCUCGCGCCUCGGUCUCCCGAGCCAGCCCUUUGCCAGCCGAAAGCUUGGGCCCCACGUACACACCGAUGCGAAUGGGAUCUAAGAGCAUGACCAAGCGGCUAAGCAGCAACGAUUCGGCCUGGUCCACACCUUCCGUGGCUCCGAAACCGAGCGCUUUUGGUACUUCACCGUCGACUGCAUCAACCCUCUCUGAGCUGAGGGCGGCGCGGCCAGAGGUCCAAAGAGGGCCAUCCUCGAACCUGCAACGCUCCCUAGCUGGUGCUGGCGCUGACGCUGCCAGCGCCACGCGACCAUCCUUGGAAGCAACGCGCUCUGCAUGCGCGACGACGCCUGCUUCACCAGCCCAGCUGACAUUUGCUCAGAUCCAAGAGCAACAGAGAUUGGCGAUCGAAGCCGAGCAAGAGACGAUUCGUCAAGCAGCUGCUUCUCGACGCAGCUUUCUCGAUAUUCAAGAGGAGGAACGCAAAGCAGAGGAGCGACGAAAAGAAGAGCAGAAGCAAGCUGAAGAGUUUGAGAAAUGGUUUGCCGAGGAGUCGAAGCGGAUUCAGAAGCAAAAUAACAAGGGCAGCAAAGGCGGUGCUACCGGUGCGGCUGGUGGCGGAAAGGGCAAGUCGCAGCAGAAGAAGGCGGGCGGUAACAAGCAGCAGCAACAGGCUUCUGGUUCAACAGAACCGGGAAGUGCAAAUGGAGCACAGAACGCGGCAGCUAGGGGCAAAGCGCAGAAUGGAGGCGGAAACAAGAAAGGCGGUGCGGCUGCCAAAGGCAGUGGCAAGCAAGCCAACGGUGCAGCAACUGAGGCUGAUAGUUCUGCUGGCAAGAACGCAGGCAAGCAGCAGCGACCCAAAGCCAACAACGGAGCGGAAGGUGGGAACAAGGCAUCGCCAAAAGCAGCCGAGAAGAGCGCUGGAGGCAAAGGCAAGGGUCAGCAGAACAGCAACAAUGGUGACGGUCGCAAACCAUCUGACGGCAACAACGGCGAGAACACCAAUACCCCCCAGCAUGGACUGCCGCCAAAGCCACCAACUGCAGCAGCAGCACCUAAAUUCUCUGUUGCUGCCCCUACAUUCACCCUUCGACAGCCUUGA